AUGAGCGAUGAUGAUGGCUUGAUGCUAAAUUUUGCUAUACCCGACACUACAUCCACAACUACACAACAAAAAAAUGUUAAAGUACGAGGAGGAAGAUGGAAAGAUAGAAGAACUCUACAAUUAAAAUUAGAAGGAAGACCAAAAGAGAAAAAAAUGAAAGGGUCAAAUAGUAUACCGAUAGAUUUAAAUAGGAAAAGAAGAAUAGAGGAGUAUUCUUCGAGGAAAGUAUCAAAACCUUCAACUAAUCAAUCAAAUACAAAUGAAUCGAAGAGUGAAUUCAAGAGAGCUAAAUUUAAUGAAACUAAAGGUGAACAUGGAGGUAAAAAUGAUUCUUAUGUUUCAUCAUUAUUUACAAAUAAUUCAGAAUCAACUCAACCACAACCUGAAAAAGACUCAUCGUCAAAAGAAGAAGAAGAAAUUAAAACUUAUUUACCAUCAAAUGCACCUAUAAAGGAUGCAACAACUUUUAAUGGAUUAGGAAUAAAUGAAAAAUUAACAAAUCAUUUAAUAAAUCAUCAAAGAUUUAAAUAUCCAACAAAGAUUCAAAAAUUAGUAAUCCCCAAUUUAUUAACUACUCAAAGAGAUAUAUUUGUAAAAGCUCAAACUGGAUCUGGUAAGACAAUGGCUUUUAUAUUACCUAUUUUCCAUAAAUUAAUGAUGGAAAAUAAAUUUAAAAUUGGAAGAGAUUCAGGAGUUUUUGCAAUAAUAUUAACACCAACAAGAGAAUUAGCUAAUCAAAUAUAUUCAGUAUUAGAAAAUUUAAAUAGAUGUUAUCCCUUUUUAGUACCUGGUAUAGUUAUAGGUGGAGAAAAGAAAAAAAGUGAAAAAGCAAGAUUAAGAAAAGGUGUUAAUAUAUUAGUUGCAACUCCUGGUAGAUUAGCUGAUCAUUUAGAAAAUACCAAAACUUUAGAUGUAAGUCAAUUAAGAUAUCUUGUGCUUGAUGAAGGUGAUAAAUUAGUUGAAUUAGGUUUUGAAGAAACUAUUUCAAAAAUUACAAAAAUUAUUGAUAAUAAUUCUAAAAUUAAUGAAACUAUCGAUAAAUGGCAAGGAUUACCUACAAAAAGAAUAAAUAUAUUAUGUUCUGCUACUUUACAAAAUAAUGUUAAACAAUUGGGGAAUAUAAUUUUAAAUAAUCCAGAAAUGAUAUCUGUUGAUAGAGAAGUUGAAGGUACAAUAUUAUUUGAUGAUGAUCCAACAGGGGAAAUAAGUAAUAAUAAUAAUGAACAUGAAUCUUUUGCACCAGAUCAAUUAAUUCAAAAUAUUUUAAUUGUACCUCCAAAAUUAAGAUUAGUUACAUUAGAUGCAGAAUUAGUAAAUAUUUCAAACAAGAUAGACAAAAACCAAGAUACUUCAAGAACAAUUGUAUUUUUUUCAUGUUCAGAUUCUGUAAACUAUCAUUUUGAUAUAUUUACAAGAAAUGGUAAAAAAUUUAAAAAAAUUAAAGAUGAAGAAACAGGUGAAACCAAGACUAUUUUAGUAUCCCCUGAAGAUAGUAUAAAUGAAGAAAAUGAUGAAAAUGAUGCUGAAUUAACUUCCCCCAUAAUAAAUAAAAAUACAAUAAUUUAUAAAUUACAUGGAUCAUUAACUCAACAAACUAGAACAACAAUUUUACAACAAUUUAUAAAAGAUGAUUCGAAAUUCUCCAACAAGAUUUUAUUCUGUACAGAUGUUGCAUCAAGAGGAUUAGAUUUACCAAAUAUUUCAAAUGUUAUAGAAUAUGAUCCACCUUUUACAAUUGAUGAUCAUUUACAUAGAAUUGGUAGAUCAGCAAGAGUUGGUGAAAAGGGGAUAGCAACUUUAUUUUUAUUACCUGGUUUAGAAGAAGGUUAUAUUGAAUCAAAAUUAAAAAUUGUACAUCCAAGAAAAGAAAAUCUUCGAAUAAUUAAAUAUGAAAAUAUAUUAUCAUCUGCAUUCAGUGAAAAAGAUUCAACAACCAAAAAUAAAUAUGAUAAAUUAGGAAAUUGGGAUAUUCAUGCAACAACAUGGCAUUUAGAAGUUGAAAGAUGGGUUUUAGAAAAUUCUCAAGCAUUAUCAAAAGCAAGUCAAGCUUUCAUUUCUCAUAUAAGAGCUUAUGCUACUCAUUUAUCACAAGAAAGAAAUUUUUUUAAUGUUAAAAAUUUACAUUUAGGUCAUUUAGCUAAAAGUUUUGGAUUAAGAGAAACUCCAAAAUCGUUAGGUAAAAAAUCAAAUAAAAAUAAUGAAAAAUUUAAUAAUGAAAUUGAAAAUGGCAGAGCAAAUAAAUUUAAAAAAGAAGAUCCAAGAAAGAAAAUGUUGAGGAUGGCUAAAUUAGCUGUUAAUUCUACAAAUGAAUAUAAUUACUAA